GUCUGUCCGGGAGGGGGGCGAGAUGGUUGUGGCGGAGGAAGGCCCUGCUCGGGACCCGGGCGAGGCGGCGGAGGCCGCCGGCGUCACCCUCGUCGUCAAGAGCCCCGCGCAGCGGCACCCGGAUCUGCUCCUGCCCGCUCAGCGCUUCUGGAGCGUCCGGCGCCUCAAGGCGGAGCUUCGGCGCCUCCACCCGGACGGGCCGCCGGAGGACUCUCAGCGGUUGAUUUAUUCUGGGAAGCUGCUGCCUGAUGAUCUCUGCUUGCAAGAGGUGCUUGCCAAGCAUGAGAUGGUGCAUGCUGUCCACCUGGUGUGCAACUCAAAGAACAUGCCACAUGUACCAGGAAUGGAUGAAAAGGUUACUGAGGCCAAGAAAGAGCCAGCAACAUGUAGCCAAGGUCCAUCUGUACUUCCAUCAGCUCACGUUGGGAGUCAAAGGGAGAAUUCCGGCAACCAGCCUUCAGCAACAGAGGAAGGUGCUAAUAGGCCUCAUCUGGCUCAGCAUCCCUUUCAUGGCAUGAAUCCUGGCUACCAUUCGUAUACCACGUACCGCAUGUUGCAGUUCUGGUUCCAGCAGAUUUAUGCACGGCAGUACUACAUGCAGUACAUGGCUGCCAGUGCCGCUUCGAGUGAAUUAUCCCCUCCGCGAAGUACACAAGAAAUCCCUGUGGCCCCAGUUGCUGCCCCAGCUCCUCUCCCUGGUGCAUUUCCUGCCGAAAACCAACCUGGAAAUCAGAACGCUCCACCUCAGGUGAACCCUGGCGUCAAUCAGAAUCUCCGCAUGAAUGCCCAGGGAGGUCCUUUGAUGGAAGAGGAUGAAGAAGGCAACCGCGACUGGCUGGACUGGCUGUAUUCAGCAACUCUCUUUUACGUCUUUGUCAACAUCGUUUACUUCUACUCCAGCAUGAGCCGGCUCCUUAUGGUGAUGGUGGGCACCCUUCUGAUGUACUUGCACCAAAUCGGAUGGUUCCCUUUUAGGCGGAGGCCAGCUCAGCCUGCUCAAAACAAUAUCCCUCCCCAAGCAGCUGUUAACCAAGACCAAAACAAUAACUUACAGCAGGAAGAAAACGUUGAUGGUCAAGAUGAAGUGGACGCUCUUGAAGCUGUACCAGAGAACGAACCAGCAGCACCUUCAUUUAUGAGCACAGCCUGCCUGUUCUUCAAGGCAUUCUUUGUGUCCCUGUUACCAGAAGGGCCUGCACCGGUGGCUAACUAACUAGCUGCUUAUUACCCAGGCAAAUGGUAGCCUGUUACUGCAGCUAUCUGUUCUACUGGAACAAGAUAGGAUACCAACUUGAACUUUCAGGUGGCCAAGAAUCAGAUAAAAAGAAAUCUCCUCUGCAUUCAGCAGCUAAAGUCCAACAUGCAACUGUCUCCAUAGGCUAAAUUAUUCCAGAGGUUCGGUGAAUUGUAUAGAAGGACAUCAAAAUAAGAGGGCGUACAGCGAUUCACUACUUCAUGUAAGUAAGGCUGCAAGUAGGCAGAGAUAUAAAGAGAUUUUGAUUCCUGUUGGAAUGUGUUUAUUCUUUAAAUUACACUGAGUGUAGUAUCUUUUGCAACCAGUGAAUUGCUUGGUAUGUAUUAUAACAAUUUUACAGAGAAGAUGUAUGCCAAAAAGAUGAAAAAAGCAGCACUUACCCAAAAGCAGUGGGUUGAGUCCUACAGCUCCCUUCUGCCAAGUCUUCCUUCCUCGGAGAGAGUCUUCCCAUCACAAGAAGUCUUUCUGCAUCAGAAAGCUGUUCUCUGUUGGUAAAAAUGUUUAUCCAUCCAAAGACUGCAGCAGAAGGGAUUCAUAGGCUCCAGUUUUGCAGAAGGAAGUUGUACAGUCCAACACAAUGAAUAUUCUUGUGUCAAUAGCUUUCCACAGAGGAUAACAGUUUUCUAAAAUUAAGGUUAUAUUGGUAGUUUCUUAUCAAGAUAAAUUUUCCUGCUGUUCAGAUUGCAGUGAAAAGAUGAUAAUACACAUUCUUCUCUCAGUAGUUAUGACCUUUUAGAGGUUCUAUAUUGUAAGUAGUAAAAAAACACGGUCUUACUAUUUUGCCUUCACAUUACAAACUCAGGAGCUGUCUGAACCGGAGUUUUACAAAGCGACUUGUGAAACAUGUUUGGUUUCAUUUCACCUGUGGCUUUAGUUGAAUCUUUGCCCAUAAACCAUCUCUACAAACUGGUUUUGUGCAUCCUAUUAAUCAAGAUGCUUUUAAAAUCCUCGCAGAAUUGCUCUUUAGAAUAUUUUCACUGAUAACUAAUAGUGCUUUAUAAUUGUUAGUGUGUUGGAUGAUUGGGUGCUUAUAUGUCAUCUGCACAUUUGAAAACCCUGUGCUCUUCAGUACAAGCUGUUGAAAAGCAGCCCAUUCAGAGUGCCUUUGGGCUCUACUUGAAAGAGCUGGUCGCAGCAUUGGGGUGUUUGGUUCUUUGUUCUUUUGAAGGCAUUCUGCCUUUCCAGUCUGUGCCUCCUUCCAGAACUCCACGAGUUUGCAAUGUGAAUCUUUCAGAUCAGGGACGAUGGUAUCUUGGGUUGUCUGCAUAAAAGAAACAUUUUAUUGUGUGUACAAUCUGGCUUUCAAGUGAUGCUGAAAUUCAGAUUUUCACUAUUGCUGGUAAAUGGUAAGCUUCAUAUUCAUAUGCAUAUAUAUAUAUAUAUAUAAACUGUAUAUUCCAAACUUCUGUAUAGUUAACUAACUGCUCAACCUUUUCCUUGUAUAUCAUCUAUUAAAUUGAGUUUAAUAGCU